CGCGCGACGCGUCUCCUCUCUCUUUCAACCCAGAGUCUGCCUUGGCCAAAAAAAAGAUGCCACCACCCUACCGUCAACCCUCCCAAGUCGGCGCCACAGCAGCGACGAAACGCCCGUUCAAACCUCCAGCCAUCGCAAAAGGCGGUCCCUCGUCUUCUUCGAGUGGCAAUCCUCCUGCCCAUCGCCCCGCAGCCGCAGCACAAGCUUCAAAACCAGUCGCGACAAGUUCAAAAGCCGUGGGUUCAAGACCACAAGCAUGGGGUGCGAAUACGACAUCUGGGUUUCAAUCUGCAGGCGCACAGAUAGAUAAGGGAGAUCUGGAAGCCUUGCUCAUCUCGGAUGAAGACGAUUACGGCUCUUUGAGUGAUGACGAUGACGAUUCUGUUGUCCCUACCACAAGAAAACAAAUCGCACCCACCACCAUCGAACCCGCAGCAAAAAGACAAAAAGCAGGACCUGCAAUACCGCCACGAUUACCAUCUUUGUCCCCAUUAUCCUCAGCAAUACAACCCGAUCCCGCACCCGCACUUCUACCCCAAGCACCCACCCACACCGCGGCCACAAUAGCCACAACAGACGACAACAUCCCCCUCCUCCCAUCCCCCCUCCUGACACGCCUCCUCCACGAAUCCUUCGACGACAAAACCGUAAAAAUAGGAAAAGACGCCAAUGCCCUGACGGCGAGAUAUCUAGACUUGUUCGUGAGGGAAGCGGUGGCCAGAGCCGCCGAAGUCGCCAGAGAAAGAAAGGAAAUCAAAGAGGCUGGGGGCCAGGGGGAUGGUGAUGAUGUGUGGCUGGAUGUGCAGGAUUUGGAAGAGGUGGCGCCGGGCUUGGUGAUGGAUUUUUGAUGUUCGAGAGUGAAAAUGGGUGGUGAUAUAUUUGGGAUCAUGCUCGGACUCGCCGUGGGUCGAGGAUGGACGAUGAUUCGGGUGGAAAGGGAACAUACUACUGUAUCUUGGGAAGAAGUCGAAGCUUUCCUGCUGCUUUGGAAGAGCACACCUCGUCAUGUCGAGAAAAUGCCUUCGGUUCUACGGGACAUACAUACAUACCUAUUUCUCGAUACAUCUCAACGCUGCUUGCUUUCCCUUCCUUUGGGUAACAAAUCUAAGCAUAGGUUUCAGCACAGUAGAUAUAAAAAGCACAUGCACAAGUAAACGUUUCACCCCUAUGAAUAGACAAAGCAAAUUGCACCAAUCAAAAACACAGCACGCAGAAUAGGUAAGAAGAAUCAUCCAUUCUUUGAUGUCAAA